CCGGGGAGGCGUUCGGGGUCACGGAGGCCACUGCUGCACCCGCCCUCUCGGCCAGCCCCCGUGUCGGCUCUCAAUCUCCCGCUUUGCGUUUCUCUCCCGGCUGCAUCCCGACGAAGAUGGCAACCGAUGGGCUGCACGAGAACGAGACGCUGGCGUCGCUGAAGAGCGAGGCCGAGAGCCUCAAGGGCAAGCUGGAGGAGGAGCGGGCAAAGCUGCAUGACGUGGAGCUGCACCAGGUGGCUGAGCGGGUAGAAGCCCUGGGCCAGUUCGUCAUGAAGACCAGAAGGACCCUCAAAGGCCACGGAAACAAAGUCCUGUGCAUGGAUUGGUGCAAAGACAAGCGGAGGGUCGUGAGCUCGUCACAGGAUGGGAAGGUGAUUGUGUGGGAUUCCUUCACGACUAACAAGGAGCAUGCUGUCACCAUGCCCUGCACGUGGGUGAUGGCGUGCGCUUACGCUCCGUCGGGAUGUGCCAUCGCUUGUGGGGGUCUGGAUAAUAAGUGUUCCGUGUAUCCACUGACAUUUGACAAAAAUGAGAACAUGGCUGCUAAGAAGAAGUCUGUCGCUAUGCACACAAACUACCUGUCUGCCUGUAGCUUCACCAACUCGGACAUGCAGAUCCUGACAGCCAGUGGUGAUGGGACAUGCGCCCUGUGGGAUGUGGAGAGCGGACAGCUGCUGCAGAGCUUCCAUGGCCAUGGGGCUGACGUCCUCUGCUUGGACCUGGCCCCCUCAGAAACUGGAAACACCUUCGUGUCUGGGGGUUGUGACAAGAAGGCCAUGGUGUGGGACAUGCGCUCUGGCCAGUGUGUGCAAGCCUUUGAAACUCAUGAAUCUGACGUCAACAGUGUCCGAUACUACCCCAGUGGAGAUGCCUUUGCUUCUGGGUCCGAUGAUGCAACGUGUCGCCUCUACGACCUGCGGGCAGAUAGAGAGGUUGCCAUCUACUCCAAGGAGAGUAUCAUAUUUGGAGCAUCGAGCGUGGACUUCUCCCUCAGCGGUCGCCUGCUCUUUGCUGGGUACAAUGACUACACCAUCAAUGUCUGGGACGUUCUCAAGGGCUCCAGGGUCUCCAUCCUGUUUGGACAUGAGAACCGCGUCAGCACUCUUCGAGUUUCUCCUGACGGAACAGCAUUCUGCUCAGGGUCAUGGGAUCACACCCUAAGAGUUUGGGCAUAAUCCUCUCACAGCGUGCACAAAGAACAUGUGUCCUCCCAUGUAGCUAUGACUUCUAGAGGAGCCCAGGACUUCCCACAGGUUAGCUCAUGGGAGCAACUUCACAGCUCAGCACUCACUCAGCCCUCCAGUGUCACCACGAAAACCGUCCCCUUCCUGGAAGUGCACCCCUGUAGGUCUCGGCACUUCGACUGUACCUUCGAGUCCUUGCUUCAUCUCCAACACUCUGUAAAGUCUGUCUGUUUUCUAAGUUAUUUCAUCCAGUAGAGUUCCACAUUUAUCCGCAUUUGAACUGUCCCCCGUUGCUUCCUCGAAUCCGGUCUGUCUUCAGAGCACUUUAAACUACCUUUUCUUAGCGUGGACUGUGGCUUCUAGAACCUUCCUCUGGACAUGCCAGCUCUGUGGACUGUGAGAAUGACUGUACAUUGGUCUGUCAGAGAAGAAAAUUCCAGCUCCAACUGUGACGACACAGAACCACUUUUUAAAACUGUUUUUAUGUAAAAGUAUCUCUUUUUCCCAACCUGUUCAGUUGUAUUUUUUUUUUAGAUGAAAUGUUUUUGUCUGGGAGAGUCUUUCCAAAGGAAGCAGACGUGCAGAAAACAGGCCAGAUGUCUGACUUGUGGCGCUGCGAUAGUUGGUGGGCUAGGGCGGGGCAGUCCGCCACACUGGAGGGGAAAAACUGGUUGCCGUUUAUAGCUCAAACGCUGCCGAGAGCAAACAGAACCUUCUGCCGUGGGAAGACAAGACACUAAAUGGGUUAAGCCUACUAGGAGUGUUGUCAGAAAUGCCGAAGUUAAAGUGGGUGUUGUCCGUGUAAAUAAUAUCCGAGUGUCCUACACAGCGGCUGUACUAAGACUGAUGGCCAGGUCAUGAAUAAUAAUGUCUUUGCUAU